GGCAUAAAUCGUCGACUUUCUUGGCAAUUUCUCCUCUGGUGAUUCACUUCGCUGCGUCAGCUCUUCUGAUCUGAAUUUCUGGUUUCGUUUAAAAAGUUAGCAUCUUUUGAUGGUUUUCGCGGCGCGAGCUUGUUUCGUCGAAAUUAUUUGGGAUUUUUUGCCUUUCUUGCGCCAAAGGUUGCGUGUUUAGAUUGGUUUAGUGGAGUCAACUGGUCAAGAUUCUGCCUUUUUGCGGGUCUUGGUGAUGGGAGCUGUGCUAGCGCUACGGCGGUGCCAUAUUGCCGAGCCAUAAGAAAGAGGCGUCUCGGCUGGAGCGUCUCUGGAUGGACUCCCGGCAGCCGCAGCGGAAGUUUCCUCAGCAGCAGAAGCAAGGUGCAGGGUUUCGGCCGAGACUGGAGCGGUGCAACGCGUUGAAAAACAUCAAGUACGAGGCGCAGGCAGUGCGGGCGUCGUGGUCUGCGGGAUCCUCCGCUGCUGCGUCAGAGGAGCAAGCCAACACCCGCGUCACUCUGUCGCUGAACAUCUGGCCAUCGACCUACGCCCACAAGACGAGCUUUCGGAUCGACGGCAGCGUGGAGGACGAGGUGGGCAUCCUCUGCCGCAGCCUCGGUCUCGACGGCCCAGAGGACUUUGCCAUUUCAUUUGACGAUUGGGAGAAGCGAAAGGUGCGAUCGCCCGCAGAUUUUCUCACUAGGUCUAAUUUUCUGCAGCCGGACAGUCCAAACAGCCUAUGCCACACCUUGUCGCAAAAAUCAGCUCUUUGUGCGUCCAUUUUGUCUGCCGCAGACGAGCAGAGUAAGCAGCAGAACUCAGGAGAAGAAGACAGGAAGGCCUGUGUUGUUCAGAACCCUGAUAAUAGGGUUUCUGAAACUGAACCUUUCGAGAUUCCAUGUGCUUCUCCAAGGUCUAGGGCAGGAGAUGGAGGGAUCCGAGGAGUCCGGCCACCGGUUCUUUCUCCUCCAACACCUUCCACAACGUUUUUACCUACACCAUCUUAUCCUACUAGGGAUAAUCUACCAUCAGCUCUUAAACCUCCUCUCUCUACCUCUGGAACCUCCGUUCCAGACUCUGCCAGCACAGCUUUGUAUAACUUAAGAGCCUUGGCUCCAGAGAAGAGUGGUCUUGAUGCCAGUCGAAGGAAAUCUGUGGAUUCCAAGGAUGAGGUGAAGGGAGGAGUUUCAGCUGUGGAUGAAAUCACUGAUGAGGAAUUGAGGGAGAUUUGGUUGGGGGACACCUCUGAUGACUUUACUGGGACUUCUUCUUACUCGACGAUGAAUGAUGAUGAUUCAUCCUGUUCGACCACUGAGACAUUCAUCAUCUCGCCUAACGGUAGGUUCAAGAGGAAGAUAAAGUCAUGGAUGCGUGGUGCGUUCUUGGGGAGCGGUUCGUUCGGUUCAGUUUAUGAGGGGAUCAGUGAGGAGGGUGUAUUUUUUGCUGUUAAAGAAGUUCCCUUGCUUGACAAAGGAUGCAAUGCUCAGCAGUGUAUUCUUCAACUUGAGCAGGAGAUUAUUCUGCUGAGUCAGUUUGAACAUGAUAACAUUGUUCAGUAUUAUGGGACAGACAAGGUAACAACUUGUUUCGACAGUUUUCAUAGAUCCAAGUUCUUUACAUUCACACAAACUUAUCCUUCAAGAUGGUUUCAUAUGGAGUCGUCAAAACUAUAUAUUUUCCUCGAACUUGUCACACAAGGUUCCCUUGCAUCUCUAUACCAGAAGUAUCGUUUGCAAGACUCCCAAGUUUCUUCUUACACCAAGCAAAUUCUAAAUGGAUUAAAUUACCUUCACGAGCGUAAUGUUGUGCACAGAGAUAUCAAAUGUGCAAAUAUAUUGGUUCACGUGAAUGGCUUGGUGAAACUUGCAGAUUUUGGAUUGGCAAAAGAGAUGAGCAAGUUCAACAUGCUGAAAUCUUGUCGAGGAAGUGUAUAUUGGAUGGCUCCAGAGGUUGUUAAUCCUAGGAGAACAUAUGGACAAGCUGCCGAUAUAUGGAGUCUUGGUUGCACUGUUCUGGAAAUGCUUACUCGCCAGAUUCCGUAUCCUCACUUGGAACUGAUGCAAGCUUUAUACAAGAUCGGCCACGGCGAACCCCCAACUAUUCCAGACUCUCUCUCCAGAGAUGCACGCGAUUUCAUUAGGAAGUGUGUACAAGUAAACCCUGAUGACCGUCCUAAUGCUUCUCAACUAUUGGAGCAUCCAUUUGUAAAAGGCCGCUGAGAAUCUCUUCGGUCUCUAAUUUAUCUUCGUUCAACAAUAGCGUUGCAUUUUUUCCCCAAGAUCGCAUAUAUUAGUCGCCAUUUCGCCAGGGUUCUUGCUCUACAUUUCGAUUUGCAAUGUUUACUCUGGCUGCAUGAGAUUGUAGUGAAUCUAUAGUCCUAAAUCCAUGUAACUUAGCUUGGUUAUUGCACAAAAUGUAUAGACUUCUGCUGUAUAUUCUCCACUCUUUAAUGUUUGGUUUACCUGAUAGAAUAUAGUAAUGUAGCAGUUAUCUGUGAGGAUGGAAUAUGUAAAGAAUGAAAUAAGAAUUUAAGAAUGUCUAAUGUGCUUGAUUUA